AUGCUGAAAUUAGGAUUUAGGUUAGCGGAUGAAAGGGCCGCCCCCGAUGCUACUGGCGAUCAGAAAGGGCCGAGAAGUCGGGAGCUCGGUCCCCCCAGUCCCUCCAGUCUUCGUAACCGUGGCAAUGUUAACGCCGCGCGAUUCCUCGCGCAGAUUAGAGGGCAAGUCGCGGGGCAAGAGGAAUGCGACGAAGUGUUAGGUACGUCGACCCUUACCACUGCGGAUUCGGCGCGGCGGCAGCGGCGGCGGCGCGGCGGCUGGCUGACUACGGAACCCUGCGAGAAGACCUAUUGCGCUUGGGGCGCGACGUGCGUCGUGUCCGAAAAGGGCAAGGGCGUGUGUCAAUGCCCUGCGGAGUGUCCUUUGACUUCCGCCCUCGUCUGCGGCUCCGACGACGUGACCUACACGAACCAUUGUCACCUGCGGCAGAUCAGCUGCGAAAACAAGAAGAACAUCAGAGUGCAGCAUCAGGGGGCAUGCGAAAUCAAGGAUCCCUGUGACAAGCUGAACUGCUCGCAAGGAUCGCAAUGUAUACGAAGUAGGGACGGCAAGGAGGCCAUCUGCCAAUGCCUGGAAUUCUGCCCAAAUUUAGGGGAUCACGAGGGAUCGGGACCUGUCUGCGGCACGGACGGGAUCGACUAUCCGACGCUCUGCGACCUAAAUCGAGCCGCUUGUGCGAAAGGUGCUAACAUCACCGUGGCAUUUCGUGGCAAGUGCGACCCAUGCGGAAGCAUCGAGUGCGCGGAGCCAGAAGUCUGUCAGCUGGACGGCUCGAGGCAUCCAGUCUGUCGCUGCGGGGAGCAAUGUGGCCUCGAACUGUCGCCGGUUUGCGGAAGCGACGGCAAGACAUAUUCGAACGAGUGCAACCUUCGACAGGAAGCCUGCCGAUCGAGAUUACCGCUCAAGAAAAUCUACAACGGCGCCUGCAGCUCCGGACACAAUCCCUGCGAAACGGCCAAGUGCAGCUUCUACGAGCAAUGCGCAAUCAGUCGGCAAGGGAUCGCCAACUGCGAGUGUCGUCCCGAAUGCGAGCCGGUAAUGAGGCCUGUGUGCGCCCGCGGCGGAACAACCUACACGUCCAUGUGCGAGCUGAAGAGACAGGCGUGUCUGACGAGGAGCAACAUCGAUGUCGCCUACGUCGGCACAUGCGGCUCCAGGGGACCCUGUUCCGAGAAGGUGUGUCAAUGGGGUGCAAUUUGCGCGGAAAUCGGCGGCGGUGCUGUGUGCGAAUGUCCGACUUGUCCGGCAGAAUUUCAACCCGUAUGCGGCGAUGAUGGCAUCAGCUACAGCAACGAGUGCAAGCUUCGCUUGGAGGCAUGUCAGCAUCGACGGGAGAUACGCGUUCUCUAUCAAGGAUUGUGCAAUGGCUGCGAGAACAAGAAGUGCGAGUUCUACAGCGUGUGCGAAAGCGACAACGGCGGAGAAGCCAGAUGCGUCUGUCCUUCAAAGUGCGAAACUUUGGUGAAGGAACCGCCGGGGGCGGAAAAAGUUUGCGGAUCCGACGGCGUGACGUACGAUAACGAGUGCGCCUUGAAAAGGGCGUCGUGCACGAACCAGACCCUCAUCAACAUUAGCUACGUGGGUGACUGCGAAAUGUGCACGAGGGUGAAGUGCGAUCACGGGGCGCAUUGCGUGGCGGGUGUGUGCGUGUGCCCGAAGGUCUGUCCGGAGAGCAGCGGCGAGCUUGUUUGCGGUAGCGACGCGAAAACUUAUCAAUCCGAGUGCGAGCUGCAGCGCGCGGCCUGCGGCAGGGACCCCAAGUUGCCGGCGUUGCACGUCAUAUUUUAUGGGGACUGCGCCGAGAGAUUGGCCGCGGCGGCGUUGACGACCAAGUCGACGCCCGCGGUGACUCGCGUGGUCACCACCGUCGCCGACAUAACCAGCACGCAGGAGCGCGAGGCGUGCAAGGACAUCCACUGCGACUUCGAGGCGACCUGCGAGCUCGGCCCGGACAAGUUUCCCAGAUGCAGCUGCAGAUUCGACUGCGCCGCCAUCUCGCCGGAGAACAUGCGGCCCGUCUGCGGCAGCGAUCUCAGGAUCUACUCCUCCCUGUGCGCCAUGAAGAUGGAGGCCUGCCAGAGGCAGCAGGAGCUCAGGCUACGACCCCUCGACCUCUGCCAAGGCAUGGAAGUCAAGCCUUGCAACGGCGACCCCCCACUGGUGGACUCCGAGGGCAAAGAGUACGACUGCGGUAGUGGACCAGAACGUAAAGACUGCCCUAGCAAUACUUACUGCCAUCAGACAACGCGAUUCGCACGUUGCUGCAAGAAAGUUCACGGUAUCCAGGUGGUAAAGUGCGCGGACUCGUGGCACGGCUGCUGCCCGGACGGGAAAACCGCCGCGCUCGGCCCGGACGGCGCGGGCUGCCCGAGUUUAUGCGGUUGCAACCGGCUCGGCAGCAUGUCCGACACCUGCAACCCGGAGACCGGUCAAUGCGAGUGUAAGCCGGGUGUGGGCGGCCUCAAGUGCGAUAGGUGCAUGCCGGGUUACUGGGGCCUGCCGAAGAUAAGCGAGGGUCAUCACGGAUGCAUACCGUGCGGCUGCUCGCUGUUCGGUUCCGUCAGGGAGGACUGCGAACAGAUGACGGGACGUUGCGUCUGCAAGCCUGAUAUCCAGGGACAGAAGUGUACGAUCUGCAACGACCACAACAAGAUACUCACGCCUAUCGGCUGUUACCCAGCGGACAUGAGACCGCCCGUGCCAACGAGCUGCAACGAGAUGGAGUGCUACUCGGGUGGCCACUGCACCGAGAUCGGCGGCGCGCACUGCGUCUGUCCGUCCGCCUGCCCGGCGGAUGUGCCGUCCGUGCCGGUUUGCGGCAGCGACGGGCAGACCUACGACAACGAGUGCGAGCUGCGGCUGUACGCGUGCGGCCACCAGGCCGACGUGGUCACGCAGGCCUUCGGCCACUGCAGAGACGAUCCUAUGGUUAAUACGGACUUCCCCGUUAAGAGAUAUACAGCCGUACAGUAUACUCAACCAGCGGCUGCCAUUUCUCCAUUGUCCAAAUCCACGCGGCAUCUCUUGGUACCGGAACCGGACCCACGAUAUUAUUACACCCACCGAGCUCAUCAAGAAACCAUCACCAUCGACAGAGAUAACUUAAAACACGGAGUGGCCGCGGUAUAUCGACCGACACCGGCGACGAUUCGAGUAGUCACCGCUCUACUAGGCGAUCUCUGCACCGAUGACAAGGAUUGCACUAUACCGAACAGCGAAUGCUCAAACGGCGGUUGCAUUUGUUCCGAGGGCUAUGCGGAAACCAGCGAUCGGCAGGAGUGCUUCGCUAAUUACGUGCCGGUGACACCGACUCAGGAAUUUCGCGCGUGCCUCUCGUAUCCCUGCCACAUGACCUCGACCUGCAUCGACUUGCCCAGCGCAACUUUCAUCUGUAUCUGCCGACCAAAUUACACCGGGCUUCUAUGCGACGAGGAGAUCAACAAGCGGGAUUACGAGAUACCCUCCUUUGACGGUAAAAGCUACGUCAGGAUGAACCGACUGAAAGCAUAUCACAAAUUCAGCAUCGAGGUCGAGUUCAAAACAUAUGCGGACAAUGGAAUCAUAUUGUAUAAUCAGCAGAAAAACGACGGCACCGGCGACUUUGUCUCGCUCGCCAUCGUCGAUGGAUACGUGCAGUUCAAAUAUAACUUGGGAAAUGGACCAGUAGUGCUCACGUCACCGGAGAGAGUGACCAUGAAGACCUUCCACAGAGUGGCGGCUAAAAGAUAUCAUAAGGACGGAGUGCUGAUUUUUAAUGAAGGCGAAGACGUGGCCGGACAAAGUCAAGGGAUGCUGAAAUCUUUGGACCUGAACCAAGAUACUUUCAUUGGAAACAUGCCGACUAAUUAUACCAAGGUCUAUGACAACAUCGGUACCAGCCAUGGACUUCUCGGCUGCAUACGCAAGCUAAAAAUCAAUCGGAACAACAUAGAUCUCCACGUGGGCCGCGACAGGGACGUCCUUGAGAGUUACCGUGUGAAGGAAUGCGGCGACAACGCGUGCGCCAAUCUGCCCUGCCAGAACGGUGCGACGUGCCAACCGAUCUUCGAGGAAGACCUGUGUAACGGCCGGGAUUGCAGGAGAUUACAGAAAAGGGGUAAAAGCAGGAACAACAGAGGCGGCAACGGCAAAAGCGUCGGGGUGAACAUAGUCAGAUGCAGGGGUUCCCACUGCACGUCGAUCGACCAGAAGAGAACCAAGAAGAACGUGAGGAAGGGCGAUUACGAUUCCGAGCUGCAGUACGAGAAAAAUUACGACCACGGCAAUUACGCGGUGGAGAAGUACGAGCCGCCGGACUACAGGUGCAUAUGCCCGCCGCAGUUCACCGGCAGGAACUGCGAGGAAUCGCUGGACCCGUGCAUCGGCGAGCCCUGCCAGAACGGUGCCACUUGCGACAUCCUACCGCAGGGAGGAUACGUGUGCAAGUGUCCGCCCGGUCGAACCGGCGACCACUGCGAGAUCUUGGACGCCGAACUGACGGAACUGUUGAUUCCCGAGAUGAACGGGAAUGGAUAUCUGGAGCUGCCCUGCUUGGAAGGUGUCGCGAAAGCGUUCUCCAUCGAGCUAUGGUUUCUCACACGCGCGAACGACGGUCUCCUGCUCUACAACGGCCAGCUGAACAACGGCAGGGGCGACUUCAUCAGUCUGAACCUGAUUCACGGCAGGCUGGAGUUCAGAUUCAAUCUCGGUAGCGGCAUCGCGAACAUCACGUCGCCGGAUCCGGUCAGUCGAGAUAUGUGGCACUGCGUGAGGAUCAACAGACUCGGCAGAGAGGGUGUCCUCCAGCUCGACGAUGGAACCGUCGCCAGAGGAUUGUCCGGGAGUCCUCUCACGGAAAUGAACCUCGAAAUGCCGCUUUACGUUGGUGGCGUCAAACACUGGCGAGAAGUUCAUCGCCUGUCCGGGGCUUGGACCGGAUUAGUAGGUGCCGUGCAGAGACUAAUGGUAAAUGGCAAAACAUAUCAGAACCUCGCCGUGAAUGUUACUCAACACAACACGGAGAUUUACGAUGGUCUGCCGUGUCCCAGUAACGAAAACCCUUGCCACAACGGCGGGGUCUGCCUUCCGCUCUUGAACAGUUAUCUCUGCAAAUGCGCUAACGGUUACAACGGCUUGCAUUGCGAAUUCUUUAUGGGCUACGACGUGUCCGGCACCGAGAUAUCGGAGCGACCUGUACGCUUCGAGGGCGACAACUUCCUGCAAUUCAAGCAUCGCUCCGGAAGAAGUACUAACUCGACUAACACUACCCUCGGCGAGUACUUUGAGGAGUCCUACUCCGACUACGACUUGGAGGAGGACGUCGACUACGAGUACGACAGUUACGAUUACACGGAACGCAGAGAACAGCAAUCGAACAAGUUUGAGCUGCGGCUGAGGACGAUACAUCCCGAAGGUCUUAUCGCGUGGGUAGGAAGAGGAAAGAUGGAGCACCUCUUUUUGUCCCUGCACGGCGGUCACGUGGUGCUCACUUAUAAGAGCAAGAUUGAUGAAGAGAUCUCCGUGAGAAGCAAGGAGAGAGUGGACGACGGUGUCUUCCAUCACAUCCGAGCGUCCCGGCGACGAAAGGCGUGUACGAUCCAGAUCGACGAGAACGCGCCCGUUAAGAUCUCGACGGAAACAACGUGGCUGACGACUAACGGCAAGAUUUUCGUCGGCGGCAAACCCGGCCAUCGCGGCAUCAAGGGCUGCGUGACGGACUUCAUCGUCGACAAGCGGCGGCUGCAACUCGCCAGACGGAAGAUCGACUUCUGCCACGACAACGAUGUAUGAUAACGAACCCCGAGCCCGACGAUCGUCAACGCGACGUCGAUAUCAGAGAACCUCGUCGACCCGCCGACGCCGCCGUCGUCGACGACGAUGAGUUGAUGGCGCGAUACGAACGCGAACCUUGACGCGUAGAAAUCGCAAAACAAAUCGGCGGACCAAGGUCGACGAUCGCCUAAAUAUCGACUGCGACAAGUACGGUAACGUAUCCUGAUGAUCGUCAAGCCCACCCCACGCCGUUGGAGAGUCGUCUCUGGUGUUCCUAGCGAAUUAACAGACUAAACGCGAAGUGCAACGAAGAUCGCCGUCGAGACUAAGUGUGGAAGAAUCGAUGUCCGAUCGAGCGGCGUGUUGAUUCCUGCCAAAGUUGUGCGAAGAGAUGGUCCUCGUUCACGCGAAUCGCACUGGGUCCUUGACAUGGCGCGCGUUCUCAGGGAGAAGCAUAGCUGCAAUCCACGAUAUCGCAUUCCCGAGAGGAACGAAAUUCCCGCGGGAAUACCAAGUGGAAUCGGAAAUUCCGUUCAAAGAGGAAAAAAAACUCGAUAUCGUGUUUCUUAUAAGAUGACUGUCUCAACAGGACCAGAGGUCUCGUAGGACCAGAACUGGCUGAAACUUCCAUUCUCAAGGAUCGUUCGUUGUAUUUUUGGAAGAACAGGGAUUCGUGUCCUGAUGUAGGGCCAGAACCCUCGGUUUUAGACGACACGUUUCAGAACGCACGAAAUAGCGAAAGAUAAAUUCAGGAUCACAAUUGGUAAUGGCAUUGUUCGUUUAAAGCUUUUGACGUCUGGAUGAAGCCGGAGCCAGAACGAGAACCAAAGUACUUCCACUUUCGAACGCAGGGUCGUCCGCUUGAAGAGACGGUUACGUCCGCUAAGAUCAGAACCGUGACUCCACCGUUGUCGCGCGUGAGAGGUGCGGACGCUACACUAGGGGUUUACCGGCGUACUGUAGAAACUUCGCGAGUACCGCUUUCUCAUAGGGCCAUCCAAUAAAUAAGUGAUAAGAGAUAAGAGGAGAAGUAUUCAUAGUAGCGGCAUUCGAUCACUCAUCAUUCACAAACCGACCACAAUAUCGAGGUUCUAGUGUAGAAAAGAGCUGCAAGGGUCGAUCGCCUCGCGAUUAUUUCACGUUUAUAUCGUUCAGAGUCCAUCGUCACCGCCGCGUGAACGGAUCAAGUUAGAGGAAGAGGAGGUAGAGGAGAAGAGCAGGGGCGAAUUAAGUGCUACAUUUUCAUCGAAAGACAAUAAUAUAUUUUUAAGGUGACGAGAUUAAUAUACAUAUGUGUACGUAAUGAAUCUAUCUGUAUACGCAUGCGGCAAACGCGCGAGCGGCGCGAAUUUAGUGGAGGGGGAAAGGGAGCGGGGUCCGUUCGAAGCGCACCCCUCGUUGUAGAAUCUGUACUUAUAAUUAUAUUGUACUGAAGCACCUAAACGUUUUACGAUGCCAAGACUGACUAAAGCGACGGGCGCACGCGGGCUGCGAGAAGCGACGACGACGACACGGAGGAGCGAAGGGAGGAGAAAAGAAAAAAAAACGAGAGAUAAAUCGGUGUUAUGUUUGAGUGUUCGGUAGAGAGAUUUAAAUGACCGUGGAUUUCCCGGAAUAGAGGAAAUAUGUAUUUUAAAGGACUUGUUGAUUUAUCGCCAGUAUAGUAGACAAAACUCACGCGACACGACACGUUGUUUUUAGGUAGGGGAGGCUUUUUACAAAUGCGCAAGAGAAUAAAUAUAUAUAUAAAAAUAUAUAUAUUAUACGUACCACUUAUAUACAGAAGGUUCUACAUUCCAUUCGAUGGACGGAAAUCGCGGUUAAGUUUUAGAUAGGUGGCUGUUGACGAUGACCGACGUGAAACGUGGUCCGUGACCACUCAGUCUCGCGGAUUGUACGAUCUGAAAAUUUCAUUUCGUAAUCGCGAGAAACCGUUUCCUUGCCAGAAAGAGGCAACUCUGUAAACUUGUGAAGACUGGACGCUUAUUUAUUUCUAUAAAAACUUGCGGUUUCUCCAAUUUUAUUUAUAUUUGUACCGCGAUAGGAAAGUAUUUGGAAAAUUAUGUGACUAAAUCUGGAUGAAUGCUUGGAACGCUGGAAUUAUGAAUGCAUAUUUCGAACAACGUGUGCAGAAAUGGAGACCUUCCAUCAAAUAUUGACAAAUAUUUGCACAAUGUAUUUCUAAAUAGUAUGUCAGCAAGACAGCAGCGUUUUCGCGAAUCACCUUAAUGCAAUAAUUGUAGAAUUUUCUCCUUUUGGACGGUGCAAUUAUUGCACAAUACUUGAGACAUUUUCCUAUCGGGGUACAAACGUCGAAACAAUAUUAUUUGCAUCGAGUAUUUAUUAACUAACACGUCGAAAAUACUGAAAUUAUACCUUUCGUAUAUCUUAGUUGACGUAAUUAUAAUUAGUUGCGUAUAACGAUCCAGUCAAGUCAGCUGAUAAAUCCGAGUAUCGGUCCCGUCAAAUUUAAUUUCCAAGAUCGCCGUUUUAACAUUCGAGAAAUAUAAUAUUUCCCUUUCAAGGGUUCGGUCUUACCGCGUUAAAUAUUAAUUCGAAAUGCACUUCUCGCGAAAGUUACGCCUGUGCACGUCUGCGUUACGAGGAUGUCGCAGCGAGAUUUUUCCGCUGCGACAAUCUGCGAUCGACGCACUGAGACGCCGGACGAGCUAAUCCGCAUCCGGAAGCGAUGUAGGCGUGCACGAGCGGCGAAGGGAAACGCGACGCGCGGCGAGAGAGUUUCGCGCGAGUGACCUGUAAAUAAUUCCACACACGCGCCGCUAAAUGACGAAUUUAAUGAAUUCGUUUUAGAGUGUACCAUACUAUAACCGGACCUAAAGAUCAUCGUAACGACCUAAUUAUCGUAACCAAUUCACGGAUUAGCCUUCGAACGAUGCUCGCGAUGCGCAUCAUUUAUUUUUCGCGUGACUCAAGAGAGCGCAUUAUAUGCACGCAUAUAAAUAAAUAUAUAUAUAUAUAUACAUAUACAAUAUAUGGACAACCACACGCACGUAUGUCGAGCUAAUGUGAACGUGUUCUUCCCUUCGGACGGAAUAGCUAAGCGCCUAAGUUAAUCGACGUGAAUUUAUUCUUAUCAUGUACGCAACCGUUGUUGAUAAUUUGAAAACCGUCAAACGUUUCCAUCCCUAUCUCUCUCCGCGAGCGAAACACCAGGAUGCGCCAAACCCCACGUUACGCAAAACGAUAAAUCAUUUUGAAGAAUAACGCUGUAAUUAGGAUCGUCGAAGGACCGCUUGAACAGAUGUUGAUUUCGUUUUUGUUCCUCGAAAAUGCGUAGAAGUGGCAGCGCUCCGUUUUAACGAAAUCGUUAAUUCUCGAUCCCGAGUCCCGAUUCUCGCGGCAGCGACACGCGAGCGGACGGCUAAAGUGGUGGAACCGGACAGGCUGGAAACGUUCGGCGGACGUUCACGUGAUUACCAGCGAGCGGCGGAAACACUUCCUUCCGGUCACGUAAACGUCGUGAAGUAAGACGGUAGGCAGCGGGCCGCGAAGGGCUCGAGAAAUCCCCGUUGCACGCCGGCACGUUCGACGAAACGCGUCUCUGAUAACGCGUGACGUUGAGAGACACCGUCGAAUUUCGCUGUUUUCCUCCACCACCGAGAGACCGUAAUCCACUUUAGUUGCCGCGAGCGUCGUGACGUUACUCGCUUGCCAAUAUCGUGCUGAUCCCGCAGAAAGAACAGGUCGAUUAGUACAAAGAACGACAGUGCUUUCCCGUGUAAAAAGAAAACGUAUAGCGAAUUUAUUCCGAUGUCGAACGCGUUUGUCGAGAGAGAAAAAAAAAGAUGUAUUAAUCGCGCAAGCUUGAAGUAGAGCACGCAGCGUUGUGAUCAGGAGCAGACCUACGAAAUCAAUUAACGCAAUGCUGCGUGUUAGAAAGACUUUUAAAAAGUAAUACAUAAUACGUUUGCAAAAAGGAAGAAGCGAAAGGAACGUUUAUUACGAGAAGCCAAAAGGCUGAGAGCCAAAUCGCGAGGUCGUCGGGACAAAAUCGCACUGUUGGCAAUCGAACUUAAUGCAACUCGAUCUAAGAAACGCUAUGUAAUAACGAUCGCAAUGUAAUUCGCCAGUAUCGGCGGAUGCUGCAAUAGAGUUACACAGAAGGAAACAACGAUUGCUCGCUUCUGCAAGAAGGGGCAUCGGAGGGACGAUCGAUGAAACGCAACGUCCAUGAUCGCAGCAUAUCGAUCGUCGUCGUAAAUCGUUCGCCGUCUACAUCUCCGGAGACAAUGUAUAAAAGGCUUGAUUCAAACUACGGGCUCAGUGACGCUUCGCAAUAGGUCGGAAUUAAUGCAAAUGAAUGCAUGUCCAAUCCCAAUCUCGAAAACCCAAUCUGGACGACAAUUGAAACGCAUGAUUUAGGUAGAAGAGGAUACUUUGCGUAGGCCGUAGAUAAUUCGACCUUUUUAUGCGUAAUACAAUAAGAUUGAUGUCAUAACGUAAGAUCGCGUCCUUUCUUAAUGUAAUUUUUCUUAAUUUUAUAAGAUAAUUAUGCAACUGAACGAAACUUAUGUUUGUGAAAUUGCAAACAGCAAUGAUAAAAUUCUGAAAUCACACGUAAAAAUAUCAUUUUUUAUAUACGUUUUUCGUAUGUUUAGAAUUAACAUUGAUAAAAUAAGUAAUUUAAUGCGUUGCUUGAUUUAGAAGUAUUAUAAGUUUAAUUAUAAUCGAGCAUAAAUAAUGUAAUAUGAGAAAGUGCAUAUUGUAAUAAUACAUAGGAUUAUUUAUAAGUUAGCGUAAAAUUAUUUUUUUAUGAGUAUGUUGAGCAAACGUAGCCCUACUUUCCGAAACUUGUUCGUAUCUCUCGAUUUAAUUAAAUCCGUCCCUGAUAGUGUGAAUCAAGCCCCGCUAAUUUCGGCCCGUAUUGACAUCCGACAUUUACCGCUGAACGUGUCUCUGACGGUAAUGAGACUAAUGAGGCCGAUGAGAGGCCACCUUGACGAUAACAAAACAGCAAGACAGAGGACGAAAUAAAACAGCCGGAUUCGGCGCUAAAUGUGGAGGAUCAAUGUGCGGCCUGGAAAAUACGCUUACACGAAAUUGCGGCGAACAUCGUCGGGUUUCCUUGACCCGCAUUCGAACAUUCUUUAUACGCAUAUGUUGUAGUGUCUCACGAAAGUCCUAAUUACUUCGCGAAGAGCCCGGGAAUUCGCGUCAAAUCCCAAGAGGUGUGUUACAGAAUUUCUUACCACCGCGAGAAAAAGGAUCACAAUGAUAAGUUACGCCCUCGUAAAGGUAAUUUUGGGCAGUUUACAGCCACGGCUUUUCGCGAUGUAAUUAAAAACGUGAGAUAUGACGCUCUUACGGCGUAUCGAUCAAUCGCGAUCGCUGUCCAAUUUGAACCAUAUCCGCGAGCGACGCGAAUAUCAAUCGCGCCCAAUCUCCGUACACAUAUCCCUCCCUUUUCGACACGCCAAUUUUUGUCUUUUGGAAGGUUUUUUAUCCUCCCCGUUUAUCUUAUCGUCGACAUAUCGAACUACACCAGCGACGUGCCCCGCAAACGAGAACCGAGAGACUCGACUCAAAGAGAAAAGCAAUUGAAUCUUUAUCCUAUUGCAAUUUUUGCUCAUAUUUGUAAUCGGGACGAGAUACGGAAGAAACCGAAGGAAGUCUUUAUGCGCUUCUCGAGACUGGACGCACACUUGUUGCGAAUUACAUAUCUAAAUAUUUUUGAUAUUCUCGAAGACGUUGCUUCUUUUACUUUAUACCGUUCUUCUCAUCGGAUCCACUUAGUUUUCCAAUUUAUAUACGAGCAAGCGCUGAAAUUAUGCGUGACAAAUAUUCAUGACUGGUUUAACAAGCAAAAGACUUAUUUGAUACAUAUACAAAACAAAAUUGCCGGCUUCGACCGAGUCGGAGAAAGGCGCGGAUGAAAGAAGACAUGUUGGCUUCCGUUGCAAUAUACGACUAACGCUACUGCCAAUAUAGAAAUAGAGAAUCCUACGAUCGAUGUUUUUCUCGGAAGGUGUGUACAUUUUGAUGAUCGAAUUAUUCGCGCGUCAUCGACUGCUGUAUCGAACUUGCUGCCUUCGAAAAAUGCGAGAGAUUCGGCCUGCCGUUCUCACUGCUCGUUCAGCGCUAAAAGUGACAAUUUGCCGGCACGCCGAAGUGCAAAUGUUCGCGACUCGCGAGCCUCGUCGGCCCGACAUGAAAAUCCGUGGCGGAAAUGGAGCGCACGUAGCGCUGAACGCGCGGCAAAGAUACGAGGCACCGGUCUGUCCUGCAACAUGUUGAAGAAGCUUAUCGAAAGCUUCCGCUUGGACGGACAUUAAAUAUCCCAUUCAGCGUCGUCGCUCAUCUUUCUCGCGCGAGAGAUAUACGCGCGGCGGGACGCCCCUCUUAUUAAUUAGUUUUUCUUUUUUACUUUGAUAUCGUCUUUACCGAGAUCACCUGGCGUUCGCUGACCUAAAGUAAUCGAGCUACACUGUGUAACAAAGUGCGCGUUGUAAAGUGACUGUAUAUACAAAUAUAAAUUAUGCGAUUA